AUGCAUUCGCGUAUAUCACUAUUUAUUUUCUUUCUAGCUUUCAUCUCUCAAAAAUACGAGUGUGCUGCACAAUAUGUACCACCGUACACUACCAUGGUUAGUCCAGUAAAGAAACAUAUCGAUGUUGCCACGCCUCUCUAUAGCGUUCAACUCGAUACAUUUUGGGAAGUUAAACUAUUCACGCACGCAAACUUUCUUGUAGACAUCGACGCUCCUUUCAUAUGGCACGACUGCAUCCAGAAAUGGAACACACGUCCAUUAAGUUGCCUCUGGCCCGGGUGGUGUAUUUCACCAGUUUCUUGUGAAGAUACUCAAUGCUCCGAGGUGAGAGCUUCUUACUCUUACAAAAAUCCUUCUUGUCCUAAAGAAACCAACAGCUCCACGUUACCUGGUUCUAGAAAUUGUUCAUGCCCUGUUAAUGUCAUGAACCCGUUUACCAAAUCGUGUAGCCAAGCUCUACUAAACUACGACUCUUUGAUAGUUACCACAACGAAUGGUAGAAAUCCAUUUAAUGCCUUCCCUAUUCAUCCCCUUAAUGCGGCGUGUGCUCCUGUCUCAUCGUUUAAAUUCUUCCCAAAAAAUGUUGUUGGUGUCAUGGCACUUUCCACGUCUCCUUACGCAUUUCAAACAUAUUUUUAUGAAGCGGCUAAGAGAAUAGUAGCUUUAUGUUUGCCUAGCAACUCAUCGAGUCCUGGGGCUCUAUUCUACGGAAGUGGUCCUUAUUACUUUUCUCCCUAUACAAACGUAGACAUAAGGAGUUAUCUUUCUUAUACGCCGUUACAAAAGCAUCCAAAUUCUUUUGGAUAUUUUAUUGGUGUCCAUACUAUUGUGAUUAAACAGAGAUCUAUUGAGGUUCCAAAGAAUACAACCACCAAACUUAGUACAAUCGAGCCUUACACGACACUUAGAACUGACAUUUAUAAUCAAGUGGUUCGAAGAUUUUUAAAGGUUACAAAGCAUACCCCUUUAGCAAAGGCAAUCUCACCAUUUAGCCUUUGUUACAGGACCUUGAUCAAUGGUACCCGAGUCGGUUUAAGGGUUCCUGACAUCAGCUUUACGCUCCAAGGUGGGAACAAGUGGAACAUAUCCACGCCAAAUUCCAUCAAACAAAUAACAAAAAAGGUGGCGUGCCUGGCAUUUAUUGAUGGUGGCGCGAAAACUGAACAUCCAAUCGUGAUUGGAACGUUUCAGCUUGAAGAUAACUUUCUGGUGUUUGAUUUAGAGAAAUCGACUUUUGGGUUUAGUUCUUCAUUGUUAAGGAAGCAGACUACUUGUUCAAACUUCAACUUUACGAUCUUGAGUAAUAGAAACUAUAUGGAACAAUAUGGAUAUUAA